UCACCUUACAGCCGGCCUAAUCCCCGCCCCCUGUGCUCCAUAACAACAUCCGGGUCUCUAGGCGGGAAGGAGCAGAGAGGAGACAUCAGGAAUUCACAGUAGUGAGGAAGACAUCCCUGUGUGUCAGGAGAACUGAGCAGGACCCAGAACCCCAUCAUGGUGCCUCCACCUCACUCACUGAUACAUGAGAGGAACAAUGACAAGAAGAUCCUGGAUCUCACCAACAAGAUCAUUCAGCUGCUGACUGGAGAGGAGGAGGAGUAUAUAGAGGAACACAGGGGUCUGUACAAGGACGUGAUGAUGGAGAAUCACCAGCCCCUCACAUCACUGGAUGGGCCCAGUAACAGAGAUACCCCAGAGAGAUGUCCCCAUCCUCUGUAUUCCCAGGAUUGUACAGAGGAGAAUCACAGGAUCCCACAGGAGGAUCAGUGUGAAGAGCUGACUGAUGUAAAGGCAGAAGAUAUAGAGGGAGAAGAAGAGACGUAUUUGACUGAUAUAAAGGUAGAAGACAUAUCGGGAGAAGAAGUGAUGUAUGUGACUGAUAUAAAGGCAGAAGAUAUAGAGGGAGAAGAAGAGACGUAUGUGAGGGGUGAUCAGCAGUGUAAGGAGGAGGAAAUCCCUACAGAUAUCAGCACAGUAGAUGGAUGUAGCAGCCGGAAUGUCUCAGAGAAUCAUCUGAUUCUAUUGCCAGAUGGUGAAAUAGAAGAAAAAUAUGUCACCCAAGAUUCUCCAGAAGAAAUCCCUCUUACCCCAGUUACACAUGCCGCACAUCACUGUGUAGAUAUGUCACCUGUUCCCUCUGAUCCUGGGGAAUGGUGCCCUGAUAACUCUGUAGAUGAAAAAUGUUUUACACAGGACACACAGCUUAUUUCCCAUCAGACAGAUAAGAGGCCAUUUCCAUGUUCUGAAUGUGGGAAAUCUUUUAAACACAAAUCAAGUCUUGCUAUACAUGAGAGAAAUCACACAGGUAAGAGGCUAUUUGCAUGUUCCGAGUGUGGGAAAUGUUACACACGGAAAUCAGGUCUUGCUAUACAUCAGAGAUGUCACACAGGUGAGAGGCCAUUUCCAUGCUCUGAGUGUGGGAAAUGUUUUACUGACAGAUCAACCCUUGUUACACAUAAGAGAAGUCACACAGGUGAGAAGCCAUUUCCAUGCUCUGAGUGUGGGAAAUGUUUUACUGACAGAUCAGCUCUUGUUAUACAUAAGAGAAGUCAUACAGGUGAGAAGCCAUUUCCAUGCUCUGAGUGUGGGAAAUGUUUUACACAGAAAUCAUCUCUUGUCACACAUCAGAGAAGUCACACAGGUGAGAAACCAUUUCCAUGUCCUGAGUGUGGGAAAUGUUUUACACAGAAAUCAUCUCUUGUUACACAUCAGAGACGUCACACAGGUGAGAAGCCAUUUCCAUGCUCUGAGUGUGAGAAAUGUUUUACACAGAUAUCACAUCUUGUUUCACAUCAACGAUAUCACACAGGUGAGAAACCAUUUCCAUGUUCUGAGUGUGGAAAAUGUUUUACACAUAAAUCAGCUCUUGUUACACAUCAGAGAAACCAUGGGGGUGAGAGGCCAUUUCCAUGUUCUGAGUGUGGGAAAUGUUUUACAAAGAAAUCAUCUCUUGUUGCACAUCAGAGAUAUCACACAGGUGAGAAGCCAUUUCCAUGUUCUGAGUGUGGGAAAUGUUUUACAAAGAAAUCAUCUCUUGUUACACAUCAGAGAUAUCACACAGGUGAGAACCCAUUUCCAUGUCCUGAGUGUGGGAAAUGUUUUACACUGAACUCGCAUCUUGUUAGACAUCAAAGGUAUCACACAGGUGAGAAACCAUUUCCAUGUUCUGAGUGUGGGAAAUGUUUUACACACAAAUCAACUCUUAUUACACAUCAGAGAUAUCACACAGGUGAGAAACCGUUUCCGUGUUCUGAGUGUGGGAAAUGUUUUACACUGAACUCACAUCUUGUUAGACAUCAGAGAUAUCACACAGGGGAGAAGCCAUUUCCAUGUCCUGAGUGUUUGAAAUGUUUUACACAGAAAUCACAUCUUGCCAGACAUCAGAGAAAACACAAAGGUGAAAAGUCAUUUACAUGCCAUGAGUAAGUGGAGUUACUCAGGUGGUACUUGCAAGUGAGAAUAUUCUAGCCUUAGAAAUAACCCCAGUAAGAAUAUAAUUUCUCCUGUCACAGGCUAUUUAUUGACCUAAUUAUUUUAAUAAUACAAAAAACAUCACAAUGAAACCAUAAAAUCUAUAAAAUAUGCAUAGUGAAUUACAGAAAAAACAUGUUAUAUUAAAAUAUUCCACAUAA